AUGUCGAAACCCCUGGCUUCGCGCGCGUCGAAGAAAAAGGCCGGCCCCAGAAAGUCGAGGGGGGGUUCAAGGAAGCUUCUGACCAGCAGCAAAUCGCCCCUGGCCGAGGCCGACCUCAGGGCUAUCUUAUCGAACCCCUUGACAUGGAGUGUCCUCGACGACAGGGACCGAGACGAGAUUCUCGCGCUCUUCCCGGACAAGCAACACAUGAUUGAUGCCGACUCGGCCUCGGCCCGACCCAACUUUGCCUCCCUCAUGAGCGACGACAGCGUUCGCAACGACUGCGCGGCCUACACAGAGAACAUGGCCGAGGGCCGGCACGACGAGGGCUGGCUCUGGGACGCGUGGACGGCGCAUGAGAGGAGAAAGGCGGGCGACUUUGACGACUUUCUCGACGCCAAGUUUGCGCAAGACUGGGGCGUCGAGCGAGGGGCCGAGGCCUCGCCAGGGAUUUGA